AGACACAAUGAACCGUCAGUCUGUGAGGGGGCGCGUGUUUGCUGGAGGACUUUAGCCUAGUUGUUUUUUACGUUAAGUCGCCACUAAGUUGUGUUUUAUGGUAUUUAUUUGAUCUUUUUUCCAACUCUGGUCCCGCUGUAUGGCGAUAACAAAGCUCGAUUGGACGCGGUUCUUUCGUUGAAUUUCAUGAAAACGAGGUCGAGCUAAGCCCCUCUUGUUGGAUACACGAGUAUUUUAGCGAUUAAAAACUGGGAUUCAGCAAUGUCCUUUUCUGCUUCGUCUGAUUACUUUGCCGCUGAGUGUUUGGUGUCGAUAUCUAGCGGGCCGGUACUGCACAGACCGACCCCGGUGGCUCCCAGUGGCCAGGCCGCCGUGGUGGGCCCUCUACCCGGGGACGAGGGGUCGAGCGAGGACAGGGAAGUGCGCGACACGCUUCGUCUGGAGGGGGCAAGCAUCAUGGCUGUAGCGGGCAUUCUCACCGAUCUACACGACAAGUUUCGCCCCAUGUCGGCCUACUCCGAGAGCAGCAACUCCUCGUGUGGAGGCGAGAGCGGCUACACCACGUUGUCCGAUCCGACCACCCCUACCAUGACCCCCUCCGCCACCCCGGUUCCUGGACAGCAGCACCCACCACGGGGGGUGGGGACAGUAGGCGUAGGGGCCCCGCGGUCCCCGGUCAAGCGCCACCAGUGCACUUACGAGGGAUGCGACAGGGUUUACGGAAAGUCGUCCCACCUGAAGGCGCACAUCCGGACCCACACAGGGGAGAGGCCCUUCCCGUGCACCUGGCCCGACUGUGAGAAGAAGUUUGCUCGCUCAGAUGAGCUCGCCCGCCACACACGCACUCACACCGGGGAGAAGCGCUUUCAGUGCCCGCUCUGUGACAAGAGGUUCAUGCGCAGUGACCACCUGAUCAAGCACGCCCGCCGCCACCCCGACUUCCAACCUGCCAUGCUGGGACGCAACAAGGGACCGGCAUCACUGCAUUAGGAGCGCCCGCCAGCUUCAAUCAGACCAGUGUAAAGGGUUGGCCUCGUGCUAUGUUGCAAUAGAGUUGUGCACAUAUAUUUACAUACACAGUGCUAAUAAUUUGAAGGGAGCUCCUUCACUCCACACAGUCAGGUGACCACUGUAGGGUUGUUAUUGGAUGCAAUUUAGUAAAUGUAUGAAUUGUGCUUUUAGAUACUCUUGACUUUGAGAAAGUUGGGGCUGUGUGUUGCACUUCGGUUUCUCAAUAUAUAAGGAGGAAUGUGUAUUAAAAUAUUAUGACAAUUACAUUCCUUAGCAUCAAUUACACAUUUAAGGGACAGCAUUGUUAAUUUUAAUGACAAAUUGACAAAGUGAAGUCUAAAUGUAAUUUUUUGUUUUUGUUUACAUUGCUUAAAAUAGUUUGCCAUGUAUACAAAGGAACACCUCAAAUUUAAAUGAAUUGAAUUUUAACCAAAAACACAUCGUACCUCACCAAUUUUAAGUGGCCCACUUGUUCUCAAAACAACCUUUUGUUUCAUUAGUUUGAAAACGAGAGUUGAGAGCAAAUAAUUAUGUAUAUUUUACUCUAAAAGCCAAUCGUUUCCAUAGUGCAAAGUUUUGUAAACAAAACGAGGAGAAAAAGUUGUUUUACAUUCACAGCCAUUUUUUUUAGUUUUUGAGUUUAAAUGUAGAUGGAUGUAGUUGCAUCUAUUUCCAUUUAUUUACUAGGUAUAGCAUAUUUGUGAUGAUAGCUAUUAGCUGGAGAGACAAUUAGAGGCUUUUAUUUUUAGCUUUUUUGUUUUGUUUUUAUGGCUUUCCAAGGCAUGUAUUCAUUUUAGUGGUUCUACAUUCCUUUAUAACAUAUUGCAUUUUUUUUCUUGUAUUCAUAAUUUAGCAGACAUUACUUUUUGCCUGAAAUGUUGAUCAAAUGUCACCGUAGAGGAGCUGUUUGCACACCAGUUUGAGUUGGUCCAGACAGUUAUCUGCUACUCACACAUAAUACACGUAGUAUUAUGUCUAAUACUGAUGCAAAUGUAUAUAAGCUUUAAGCUUUUAAUGUAGAGGAGUUGUAAUGCUACUAGCAGCAGAAUAAUACGUGAUGAAUAAUUGUAGUCCUUAUAUUAGGGGUGACCGUAUAUGAUAGGAAGGCUUUGCCUGUGCGUGUUGGCGUGUCUUUUAAUUUGAAUACUUAAUAGCCAGUCUCAAGAGUACUGUGUAUGUGAUGUUGUAUGGUCUUCUAAGUAUUUCUGGAGAAAAAUCCUGCAGCCUUCUGACCCAAUGUAAACCUUGCAGCGGGACACGUAUCAGGAUCAGGUGAAUGCGCCAGGUGUUUCUUUACAUAGUUUGUUAUUCAGCUCAAGAGUCUUAUGUUUAGCCGUUGUCACUUGUUUAUCUGCAAUGAACUUUUCCGGAAAAACACAUGAAAUACAUGAAAGAUUAUAUAAUCUAAUUUGGGAAAAGGAUCAUGCACAUGGCCUUUACAUUUGUCUGAUGUGGGACUGUCUAAUAUUUCUACAAACUGCAGUUUAUGCAGUUACAGCAAAAACAAGACCCCUUUUGUUACAAAUGGGUCCACUUAAAAUCAGUUUGUUAUUAGCUUAGGACAAAAUAACUAAACUACAUCUAAACUAAAUUAGCUGUAGUUUAGUUAUUUUAACACCAUCAUACUGUAGAAAUGUUAGAUACCCACAAAUUGGCCAAAACCAUACUUUUUAGUUUUGUAAUUAGAAUUACUGCAAUCAUCCUGAACAAAGAAAGUUUUUAGAAAAAAGUUGUUUUUUUUUAAUACCAUGUCCACACUGAUGGUCCAACACAUGGACGUAUACACUUCUCAGUGAACACUUUCAGGAAACUCGUAAGCCUUAACCUUUGUCAUAUCUACUUUGCACCAACUCUACAGAUGAAUCAAUAUGUAUGGUAUAUAUGCCCUCUCAGGGCAACUCAUUAUGCAAUAUGGCACUUUUUAACUUACAGGUUUAAUAGGCUAAAUUGUGUAAUAGCUUGCACUGUAACUCUGCUACUUUGAGCAAGCACUGUGGAACUGUGUUAAUAACCAAUGGUUUGAAAACUGCCUUUCAUCCAAGUGCUUUACACAGCUUAAGAGGAGUCAUUUUACUUUCGGUAGUCUUGCGUACUUAUCUUUGCCAUCUUGUUGAUUUGUUUACAUUUCUGAUUAUGGAUGUCUUCCUCAAACCACUUUCAUCUCAGUCCACUCUUUAUAGCCAGUUUCUGGUUGGACAAUGUAUGUUUCUUUUUCAGCAGUUCAUUGUGUUGCUGCUGGCAGUAACUUGUGAACUCACGGACUGUUCCACAUCAAAAUGCAUUUCCUCUUUUUAUAUUUAGACAGAAAUAUAUUUGUUCAAAUGGACUGAUCUUCCAUAUCACACAGCUAUAAUCUCAUAACAAUAACAUACCUCAGUCAUUCAUGUUUUAUCAUCUGUACAAAUCCAUCCAACCUUUUCUCCUGAAGUCCAGGAAACCAUAUAACCUUGGAUGUCAGAAGUUCACAACUGUCUGUUGAUGUAAUGUUUAUAUGCAAUUUCACUACUUCUUUGUAGCAACAUUGUCCCUUCAAGCCGCUUGCGUUGGUGUUGGGACAAGAUUACUGGAAAAUGGCAUCAGCAGCCACUACAGCAGGGCCUAUUCAGCAUAUUCACCAUAGACGAGCUCAGUCCAAAUGUGUUCAUAUCACUCAAUGUGGAUGAUUCCACAUAAAGUUUGCUGCACUGCCUCGCUAAGAGACACCACCACACUAAAUCUGAUAUGCACACUGUACAGAAGCAAAUGUUUUUAAAUUGAUGUCUCAUUUUAACAUUAAAUUGUGAUUCCUCUGAUCAAAGCUUUAGUUAAAGUAAAUACGAAGAGGACUGGAACUAAAUUGCUGCGACAAGCUGUUUUUGAUAUUUAUAUUCUCAGGUGUCUUAAAAAAAUAAAGCAUUGGAGUUUCAAUAUUUCCAAUGCAACACCGAAGUACAAGCUGUUUUCUUUUCUUUUUUUUUUCUCUGAUUUAAUUUAUUACAAAAAUAUCAUUGUGUGGUUUAAAUAUUCUUUUUUCAUAACUCCUUUUGUGAGAUGGAACAUGACUAAUAUUCGUUCCGUUUUUGCUUGACAUGAAAUACUAGUGCUUUUGUAAAUAAACUCCUACAAAUAAAUG